AUGGGAAGCUUUUUGGGUCCAGAUGGCCUAAGAAAGGCCACCCUGCGUACCUUGUCGGCGAAAACCCAAAAAAUAAUAAUCGUUCAGCCGCAACACGCUUUCGGCACUUGGUUGCCAUAUCACCCGAAGAAAGCACGAGGUCUGAGAUACUCUCAGGUCGCCCAAAUCCAAUUAGGAGCACUCGGGAUGCUGUGGAUAGUUUCGAACCACGGAACUUCUCUAAUUUCGCGCCGUGAUAAUUCCAUUAAUCCCGCACUUGCUGCUACUUCUGCCCCAGCAGUUAGUUUUAUCGUAGAAUUUGUCAAAGAUAUCGUUGCAAGUAACCCCAACCAGAAAACGAUUAUCAAUUCCAUAGCGAAAAAGGUGGAUAGUACAGAGAUUCAGUUCUCCGAAUGGAAGUAUUACGGGCGGCAGCUUCCCGAACCCAAAUGGACUCGCAAGUACUGCGUGUGUUUGGAGAACGAGCAGAGAUUCUUAAUCUUCCCAUCAUAUCAGGAGUCGUUGAAUUGCGCAUCUGCAAAGCAUAUUCCAGUAUCUAUCAUUGGACGGCAACACACGGAACGUCCCUUUCUGGCUGUCAGAAGAGCAUCGUGUCUGUUCCACGAGAUUUCGGUUCUCACAGGCCAGAUGGUCAAGAGUGAAAGAUCAUCCAUACCAUGCCUCCAAUCACUGGAAAAGCAACACCAAGAUCCCUCCAAACAAACUGUUCUGAGUUUACACACAAAACUUCAAUCAGACGAUUUACGAGACGAGCUUUCCACAGCAUUAUCCGAGUAUAAACAUACGGCACGUUCGCAUUCGAAGUCUGUCAAUCCUAAUCGAUUUAACCGCCGACUUCGUGCUAAGACGUUUGCAGCACUAGCGGAUCACGUAUGGUCCCCGUUUGGGUACGAUGAAACGACGUCACUCAACGUAUCUGUUCCCUCCCUCGCUGCCCAGAGUACACCAACUGAUAUAAACCUGACUGGAAAUGCUGUGUCAAAUUCUUUAUCCGCUUUGGAUGCAGCGUUCGAGGUGUCCCAUGCAGUGUUGCCGGAUAAUCCGAAUCCUUCUGUUCAUUGUCAACUGGUCAGGCGAACUCCAUCUCGUCUCCAGCGAUUUCUCCGUACCUUACGGCGUAGCUUCAGUUUUCAGCACGUCGGAUUGGAUGAACCAACCCAACCACAUAUUCCAGGAGUCAGUCAGCAAAUCCAGGCUUCCAGCGUCCGCCUAUCUUCUGAUCGACUACACACUGAAAGACAUAGGCGACCUAAAUCAAAUGCCCGUCUUUCACGGCUUUUCCAGUGUAUCACCGUUGGAGACGUCAAUCGCGUGAACGAACAUUCUGGUCUAUUUCUUCUGAGAAAUGAUACCAGCCCAAAUCUCGAAUGGAUGGGUAAUCUUCACGGCAACCGUUUCUACUCCUGUCCUGGUGGGUCUUAUCCGAAUUGUGUCGCACUGGUUCCGUUAUCCGACUCCCUAAUGGAAACGGGUACUCCUAAUGAUUCGGGACAUGUCACCAGGUCGAGCACAACGCCUCUUUUCCCUGUUGGUGACUCCGUAGGGUCGGUUAGUUUCAUCGGCAGUGGACACCAACGAAGCGUACCGCCUCACGGUAGCACACAACUGUUGGCUCGUCUCGAUACAGCUCCCGGAUACCUGCUCACUUGCUCCGGUUUCGUUCACUUCGGAGCAUUACACCCAACAUUAACUGGUGGGAGGGAAUUUUGUUUCUUCUGUUCUGCACCCGCAUCUACAUGUAUCAAAUCCUCUGAAUACCAGCGGCUCUCGAGUGAUGCUGCCCUACUCUGUAGAAUAUUUGCUGCCCCCAGUUUCCUGAGCCGUCUCCGGUGGUUGCGGAGCCUUCGACGCACGGCAAAACCGAAUUUAGAAAAUGAACGGCAUCGUGAGAACUCCCUCAAACUCUCCAUUUUGGAAGCUCGCAAUCUUUCAAGCAAGCGCCGGCAAGUGAUCGAACAGAUGAACCGUUUACCUGCAUUUUUGGAAACUCGUUCAAACGGACUGUUCUUAUCAUUCGUCUAUUACUGUGAUAUCUGUUUGGAUCGUACACUCUAUGCUCGAACGACCAGUAAAACUGCUACAAAUGGAAUAUUUUGGGCAGAGGAUUUCGAUCUCAACAAUCUUCCAAACGUGUCGGUUAUGACAAUCAGUUUGUACAAAGAAGCUGAUUCCUCGAAUAAGGACAGUCGGCGUUUCGGCACAACCAGACUAGGAUCGAAAAAGUACAGGAAAUCUCAAAACCAACUUGUGGGAUUCGUCACUAUCCCAAUGUCAGAAAUAUCCGGGCGUAAUGAUGUCCAAGCAUGGUUAAACCUUCAACCUCCGACAGAACCUGGACCUCGUGACUCUGCCACUGUACUGAUGCCAGUCUUCAGUGCUCACCAGGACAGUUUAUCCGGUUUAGCUGCUUCGAACGGUCUGGUGAGAUUUGGUAGUUCUUCCGUGUUGUCUCCAACAUACAACCAGCAAGCCAGCACAACACAACUUAAUCACCUUGUCACUGACCAGCGUGAUCUUCCUCAGAUUCGUAUACGUGCGCGAUAUCAGUCUGUGGAUAUUCUGCCCAUUCGGAACUAUUGGGCCCUGAAAAAGUUUGUCCUGGAACAUAGCAUUGAACUAACAACGUGGUUGGAACACGUUCUUCCUGUCAAAGCGAAGGAAGAAGUGGCCAGUUCUCUGAUUGGUCUCCACGAAUGCAAUGGCACACUUGUGGAAUUUCUCACCGACUUAGUACGGCGUGAUGUAGCGAACUUAGAAAACGAAUCUAUGGCUUUCCGUUCGAAUACAAUGGCCACUAAAGCAGUUGAGUGCUUUUUGAAAAUGGCUGGUUCCACUUAUCUGCACGACCUGCUGUAUCGCCUUGUACAAAAAGUGUUGGCUUGCCUAACUGCGUGGGAAGUAAAUCCCGAGAAAUUGUCGUCCUCAGCUAUCGCCUCCGGAUCUCUAACAAUUGGCGACACAGCCACAUUCGCCAAAACCGGUUCUAUAGGCUUUUCUCCACCCAGUGGUCGGCCAUUGCCGGGUAGUCUGCUAGGUAACCAGAUCCUGUUGCUUCACCAUCUAAACGCGGUUUGGCGAGCAAUUCAAUCCAGCUUACCACAAUUUCCAAGCUGUUUGAUGCGGGUGUUCUGCUCCUUUCGGGAAACAUUGGAACCAACACAUGGACCUGAAUUUUGUGACAAUCUCAUAUCGGCUUGUAUUUUUCUGCGUCUGAUAUGCCCGGCUUUAUUAUCACCUUCACUGUUCGGGUUAGUGAGUGCCUUUCCUAGUGAACCAUCUUGCCAACGAAAUCUGACACUUCUGGCCAAAUCUCUUCAAUCCUUGGCGAAUUUCUCGGCGUUUGACGAUAAAGAGCCUUAUAUGCGAUUUCUGAACGGAUUCGUUUCUUCUCAAAUGUCUGCCAUGCGUACUUUUAUACGAAAUAUUUCCACCUGGCCAACCCUUACCGGACGAACCGAUGACCCAGACACUGUGAACGGAUUCCGGGAUGUAAUUGAUGAGGCUUUUGAACUCGCGAAUUUGCAUUUACUUCUUUCUGACCUACCAAAACCGUGCAACGGAGAGGCUUCCAAAAUACCAGGAGGCACGCUCCCCCCAGGUGAGUUAACUCAGCUCCCACAGCUAUUGGACAACUUAUCAGAAAAGCUGCGUGAAACAUUAACACCAUCCACGCACAGCCUGAGCGACUUGAAUGGGACACAAACAGCGUUUCAAACGACCACAGAACGUUUGAACAAAACCUUACCAUCUCGAACAGCCAAAUCAUCUGGAAACCGCUUUCCCACCAGUGACUUCAGCUCUUUGUCAACGUCCCAACUGUCUACGGAAAAUCAGACAACAGAUUACGCCUUUCACUCAAUUCCUGUCUCUUCACCUCAACCAUACUACACUUUGCACCAGAAUCCCGGUUUCCACAACCCGAAGGAACAAAGAACGCGCCCUGUAAAUAUUCUCUCCCCUCCUGCUCCAUCCGCUCCUGACGAUGGUCGAUCAGUAUCACAAGGCCAGUGUGUGGCGACGCUUUUCACUACUAAUGACUAUGACGAACCUUACAACAGCCCUCACCCGGACAGUGAAGAUGAAUCAUAUAAUGUCAAUGGGGGUCAUAAUGGCCACGAGGACUAUCCACCUCCUCCACCGGUACCAGAAAGACUGACAAACUUGUCGCAUGCUCGGCGCUCUAGUUCUCAUAUUGAUGACCUGAGGGCGCUAUCCCUUCCAAUGGCCCAUAGUGUUCCGACGGGUUUGGAUGGUACGCGUGGUGCUGAUGACGAGCCCGUUUAUGAUUUCGUUCCUUCAUCGGACGCUUCAUCCACUGAUGACUUGGUUCUAACAAAUGAAAAGUAUCUUUAUGGCUCUACCAGCCAUCAGGCGUUACAAACCUCAUCUGAUCGAAAUGCAACCUCUUUGCAGCGUAAGAGCAAACAGUCCUCACCUCGUGAGCUAGUAAAAAAUAGAUUUUCAUCACGAGCUGAAGUUAAUACAACAGAGGAACCGGAAUCCAAGUCAACUGAAGCUGAUGUGUGUACCAUGGGUACAGCUCUGUCCGCUGAACACACCGCCAGAUCUCCCCGUAUGGUAUCGAAACAAGUGGCCAAAGCCAAAGUUGUCCUCACUAGAAAUAACCAGGUCGCUCCACCUGUGAGCCUGAAACCCAUUGCAGCCAAAUCACCUUUGGAGACCGGACUGCAAUCAUCUUCCAGACAAGCGGACGUUCCCAUUGUUUUUUCUCCCCGUGAAGAUCGGAAGUUUUCCAUCACGCGGAACGGCGGAGAUUCCUAUCAUCCUCAAAAUGGUGCCAGUCGCGUGGAGCACAGACCGUUACCCAAUCCCGUCAAUCCCUUGUUGGAUGAAACUACUUACGAUGAAGUUGAUGGAGAUUUUACUGGAAAUUCUACAAAAAUCCAAGCCGAAACAUCGGGGACACCGGUCUUUGAUGCCUGCGAAGUACCGAUGAACCCCGCUGUAGCGCAUACUGAUGGUUUGGAACAUGAAGUAGUACGACUGAGGCAUCAGCUCGAACUCUCACGUGCUGACGCGGCCCGAGCAGCUAACCGACUUAGCCAACAAGAGGCGGAAUUGGCUCAUCUCCGACAGUUGUUGUCUCAGCUGCGUGCUCAGCCACAGUUAAAUCGUUUUCCAUCUGCGCUGUCGAACCAGAUGAGUUUGAGGGCGACUGUGCGGGAGAUCCUUUCGGAACCCAGCUGCAACCCCAAAACGACGGCGUCAGAAAAGUUUGGCCUUGACUGCUCCGCGGGAAGGGGUAUUGGGACAAGUUUUACAGAACUCGAUGACGCCAUGGCGAGGCUUGAAAGGGAGCAGGCUGAACUACAACAAGAGCAAGCACGUAUUCGAGCUCGUAUGGCUGCGUCGCAACAAACUAAACCUGUAUCCCAACCCAAACACAAUUCGUACCUGUCAGAAGCAUCCAAAGCUCAUCCUAUGGAUGUUCCUGCUUCCUCGUCUCAAGCAGGAACGGUUUCUUCUGCCGAACUACGACCGUCUGCCCAGACGCAUUCCUAUGUUCAACCCACAAAACCUGUGCGUUAUGGACCACGGGUGCGUCACGAUCCGCCUCCACAGCCACGUAAAGGCACCUUCAGUCGUCGAGAUGUUUACUGACCAGCCAUAGGUUCUAUGCGGUCUACCUAAUACUCUCCUGAUACUCAGUGAAGAAAAGGUGUCGUCCGUUAGACUGUGCCUGCUUCGGUGACAGAAUUCGGUAUAAAUCUUUAUUUCUCUUGCCCCCAUCCCUUCCUCUCCUCUGCUUUGCCAGCUCCUUCAGAAUUUAUUUUCCAACCCACUGUGCUACCCCCUCCCCAGUACUGUACCAUAGAUUCCUCAUCAGAUUUGUAAAAAGUUCUCUUCAAAAUUGACCUUAGCACUGGUUGACUUGCUAGUUUAUUUUUUACAUGUAGCUUUUAUCCGUAUAUCCACCUUGCGAACGCCAUAGUUGAUGUGGAGCCUUGAAAAAGCUCUUUUUUC